AUGAACCCGCAGCAACCACCUCCUCCUCUUCCCAUGUAUGCUUCUUCCCUCCUCCCACAAACCAGCAAUACUGCAGUAUCAUCUUCGGUACCACCUCCAUCCAUGAUCAAUGUACCACCUCCACCGUUACCAAACAUGAUGUAUUCUCCUCAGCAAUCCUUUCCACCACCUCCACCACCCAGAGGAUCAUCCACCCUAGUACCACCUCCUUCUUUUAAUUCAAUUCCAACAGCAACAGGUUCUGUACCACCACCAUCAUCAUCAAUACCUCCUCCUACAUUCAUGCCUACCUUCGGAAUGAUGAUGCCUGGAUUUGUUCCAUCAUCCAUGGGUGCUUCUACAAUGAACGCUUUUCCUUCUUCCUCCUCUUCAAGGAAGAGAUCUAAAGAAAGUGAAGAUGAAGAAGAGGAUGAUGAAGAAGAUGAAGAAGAAGAAGAUCAACAACCAAUGACAUUGAGCAGAAAUAGUGGUACACCAACAAAACCACCGUCCACUACAUCUCCUUCUGUUACUAAUACUGUACAUCAUCAAUUCAUGCCACAACAAUAUGCAUUGCCAUCCUCAACGACAGCUCACAAUGUAAAUUCAAAAAGUUCUCCAACACCUAAAAAACAAAAACAAUCAUCCAAAGAAACAUCAAACAAACAAACAAAGAGUACACAGCCAUCAGCAAGCACACAAAAACAACCUGAAUCUUUGAAUGCGACAACUAGUAGUAGUAACAGUGGUACUUCCACUCAACAACAGAAUGCGCAAGCGAACACUCAACCCAAUGCAAAUAUUCCACAAAAAUCAAUUUACCAUCCUUUUAUCAGCGGUGCAAACGCAUUAUUUGGAAAUGAUUUUAUUUGUGAUGAAUCCAUUAGAAAAUUAGGAGUAUUUAUUAAUCAAGUUUCUGAAGAUGGUUUAGAAAUUGAAGGAAAAAUUGGCUUAAUUGUUCAAAAAGGAACACAAGAGAGAAUAUCACCAAGAUUAGAAAGUGGUUGUGAAAUUGUAUCUGAAGCUAUUAUUCAAAGAUCAGAUUGUGAAUUCGUUUCUAGAAUUUCUCAACAUACAUUCAAACACGUGAACAAAUUAUUGAAUGAAAGAUUUUCAGCCAUGAGAGAGGCCCAUAAAAGAGGUGAAUACAAUGGACCAUUAAUUGAAUACAAAAAGGCCCAAGAGACUGAUAAAUUCUUUGCUUAUUAUUUACCAGCAUCCGAUGAUGAUGAAAGAGAUGAAUAUGGACAACUCUCUCACAAAGAUAUUCGAGUGACCUUUGAUACAAAAACUGACAAACCCAUUCGAGCAAUGAUUAAGACACGAUUAGAAAGAGGAGACAUUGAUUUCUCAUGUCCUCAUCGUUCUCAUGAUUUUAGAGUUUCAUUCAGAAAAGAAUCAAGUAUUGAUAAAUUUCCAAAUCCUGAUGUCGAUCGACCCAAGAAAGUUCGUAAAAAGGAUAGAAUUUCCUAUUUAUUUGGAUUUUACAGAAUUGAUUUGACAAGUGUCGAUUCUUUUAAUUGUAAAAGAAAUGGUGAAAUUAAUGAGGAUUCAAAGUUUUCAUGUUAUGAAAUUGAAGUCGAAUGUGAUGUGAAGAGGCUAUUUCAAGUGAAAUCUAAUUUAGGGGAAUUUGUAAGACAUUUGAAAGAAUUUUUAGAUACAUUGAGAAUGUUGUGCUUGGUUUGUGAUUUGUCACCUCAAUCUCAACCACCUCAACACCAGCAGCACCAGCAGCACCACUACAAUCAUUCAUCGCAUCAGCACUAUCAACCAGUCAAUUAUUAUCAACCCACUCAACAACAAUACCAACCACCACAACAUCCACCAUCUUUAAAAAGAAAAUAA